ACCACCAGGCUCCUUAAACAGCUCGGUCCUUGAAGUCCCUCUGUAUCCCUCGCGCCUCUAUAGCCUGUGUUCUCCCGGCUCCUCUAUCCUUCUGCCCCACUUCCAGAGGCCGACUUUGCGGACGGUGGGAACCACCUGGCUUCCCGGGCGGGAUUGACCGACCGAACGUCCAGUGACUAUCCUAAUCUGGCAGUUGGGGAGUUGGAGAGGUGGCCUGGCCUGGGACUGACCAGGUAGGGUCUUCCCCAGAAGUCAGACAUGGGACUGACUGGCCUCAGGGCAGCUAUGGUGCCUUCUGACUGCCCAGCCAGGGUGAUGGAAUUUGCCUGUCAGACUGACUGACUAAUGGUGGACUGCCCUGGACUAAGCAGUUUUAGUUUUGCAGGAACCACCCAGGGUAAAGGCUCUGAACUGACAGGUCUCUACCCCCAGGCUGACCAGCCCUGCCAACUUCACUGACCUAUCCCCACCACCCGUGCAGCCAUGGAAAAGAUGUCCCGCGUGACUACAGCCCUGGGUGGCAGCACGCUGACGGGCCGCACCAUGCACUGCCACCUGGAUGCACCAGCCAACGCCAUCAGUGUGUGCCGUGAUGCAGCCCAGGUGGUUGUGGCAGGCCGCAGCAUCUUCAAGAUCUAUGCCAUUGAGGAGGAGCAGUUUGUGGAGAAGCUGAACCUUCGUGUGGGCCGCAAGCCCUCGCUCAACCUGAGCUGUGCAGAUGUUGUUUGGCACCAGAUGGACGAGAACCUGCUUGCCACAGCGGCGACCAAUGGCGUCGUGGUCACCUGGAACCUGGGCCGGCCGUCCCGCAACAAGCAGGACCAGCUGUUUACGGAGCACAAACGCACGGUGAACAAAGUCUGCUUCCAUCCCACUGAGGCCCACGUGCUGCUCAGUGGCUCCCAGGAUGGCUUCAUGAAGUGCUUCGACCUUCGCAGGAAGGACUCUGUCAGCACCUUCUCGGGCCAGUCUGAGAGUGUGCGUGACGUCCAGUUCAGCAUCCGGGACUACUUCACCUUCGCCUCCACCUUUGAGAACGGCAACGUGCAGCUCUGGGACAUUCGGCGGCCCGACCGCUGUGAGAGAAUGUUCACGGCCCACAAUGGGCCUGUCUUCUGCUGCGACUGGCACCCCGAGGACAGGGGCUGGUUGGCCACAGGUGGGCGUGACAAGAUGGUAAAGGUCUGGGACAUGACCACACACCGCGCUAAGGAGGUGCACUGCGUGCAAACCAUUGCAUCCGUGGCCAGAGUCAAGUGGCGGCCUGAGUGCCGCCACCACCUAGCUACGUGCUCCAUGAUGGUGGACCACAACAUCUACGUGUGGGACGUGCGCCGGCCUUUUGUGCCAGCUGCCAUGUUUGAGGAGCACCGUGAUGUGACAACAGGCAUUGCCUGGCGCCACCCGCACGAUCCCUCCUUCCUGCUCUCCGGCUCCAAGGACAGCACCCUGUGCCAGCACCUGUUCCGUGAUGCCAGCCAGCCUGUUGAGCGUGCCAACCCUGAGGGCCUCUGCUAUGGUCUCUUUGGGGAUCUGGCCUUCGCAGCCAAGGAGAGCCUAGUGGCCACUGAAUCAGGGCGCAAGCCCUACACUGGGGAUCGGCGCCACCCAAUUUUCUUCAAGCGCAAGUUGGACCCUGCCGAGCCCUUCUCAGGCCUCGCCUCCAGUGCCCUCAGUGUCUUUGAGAUGGAGCCUGGCAGCAGUAGCAUGAGCUGGUUCGUGGACACGGCUGAGCGUUAUGCCCUGGCUGGCCGGCCACUGGCCGAGCUUUGUGACCACAAUGCGAAAGUGGCUCGGGAGCUUGGCCGCAACCAGGUGGCGCAGACAUGGACCAUGCUACGGAUCAUCUACUGUAGUCCUGGCCUGGUGCCCACCACCAACCUCAACCAUAGCGUGGGCAAGGGCAGCUCCUGUGGCCUGCCACUCAUCAACAGUUUCAAUCUAAAGGAUAUGGCCCCAGGGCUGGGCAGUGAGACUCGGCUGGACCGCAGCAAGGGUGACGCACGGAGUGACACAGUGCUGCUAGACUCCUCAACCACGCUUAUCACCAACGAAGAUAAUGAGGAGACCGAGGGCAGCGACGUGCCUGCUGAUUACCUGCUGGGUGAUGUGGAAGGUGAGGAUGACGAGCUGUACCUGCUGGACCCGGAACACGCUCACUCCGAGGAGCCCGAGUAUGUGCUGCCCCAGGAAGCCUUCCCACUGCGCCACGAGAUUGUGGACACCCCACCCGGGCCUGAGCACCUGCAAGACAAGGCCGACUCGCCCCAUGUGAGUGGCAGUGAGGCAGAUGCAGCCUCCCUGGUGCCUGUGGACUCUUCCUUCUCACUCAUCUCCGUCUCACACGCACUGUACGACAGCCGCCUGCCGCCUGACUUCUUCAGUGCCCUGGUGUGCGACAUGCUGCGCUUCUAUGCGGAGCAGGGCGAUGUGCAGAUGGCCGUGUCCGUGCUCAUUGUGCUAGGUGAACGCGUGCGCAAAGACAUCGACGAGCAGACCCAGGAGCACUGGUACACGUCCUACAUCGACCUGCUGCAGCGCUUCUGCCUCUGGAAUGUGUCCAACCAGGUGGUCAAGCUCAGCACCAGCCGUGCCAUCAGCUGCCUCAACCAGGCCUCCACCACCCUGCACGUCAACUGCAGUCAUUGCAAGCGGCCCAUGAGCAGCCGGGGCUGGGUCUGCGACAGGUGCCACCACUGCGCCAGCAUGUGCGCUGUCUGCCACCACGUGGUCAAGGGUCUGUUCGUGUGGUGCCAGGGCUGCAGUCACGGUGGCCACCUGCAGCACAUCAUGAAGUGGCUGGAGGGCAGCUCCCACUGCCCCGCCGGAUGCGGCCACCUGUGCGAGUACUCCUGAUCCGCCUGCCGGACCUGGAUGGGUGUGCGGGGCUUGUGAACCAAAUAAAGGAAGCGAGAGACGUAUUGAGGCUGCCUGUCACCCGGUCGCGUCGCUUACAGUCCAGUCCCCGCGCGGGCGACUCUGGUGGGCGGGUGGCAGUGUGUCCACAGGAGCUGGCAGUAGCCAAUAGCAGCUCUUGGCGCCACCUUCGUCCCACCUUCCGGAAGUGCCCCCUCUUUCCAGGACGGGCC